AUGUUGCAGAGUAUACCUGGACCGCAGCAUAUUCUGAAAGCUCUGACAGGCUCUUUGGGGCUCUCGACUGUAUUAGAGCCAGAUCAUGAAGCUUCGCAAAACUCAUUUCAAUGCUCUAAACCGGAGUUGAGCUGUCACGCCCAGUACCAUGGCCAGAACACUUGCUGCUUCAACUAUCCCGGAGGGCAGAUGCUCCAGACGCAAUUUUGGGAUGCGGAUCCUGCGGUCGGCCCAGUCGACUCCUGGACUAUUCAUGGACUCUGGCCGGACUUCUGUGAUGGUGGCUUUGAUCAAUACUGUGACCCAAAGAGGAGAUACAGCAACAUCUCCCUGAUCUUGGUUGACUCAGGCCGAGCUGACCUACUAGAGUAUAUGAGUGAUUUUUGGAAAGAUUUCCGAGGGGACGACGAAGAUCUCUGGGAGCACGAAUGGAACAAGCAUGGCACAUGUAUUAGCACUCUGGAAACCACCUGCUAUGCGGAUUACUAUCCGCAACAGGAAGUUGUAGACUACUUCAACAAAACGGUCGAGAUCUUCCAGAAAUUGCCUACUUACCAGACCCUUGCUAAUGCUGGUAUCGUCCCCUCGCAUACGGAGACAUACACGCUCGACGGAAUCCAAGAUACUCUAGCAGAAGCCCACGGCGCACCCGUUACCGUCCGGUGUCGAAACCGUGCGCUGAACGAAGUCUGGUACCACUUCAAUAUUGCAGGUUCUCUGCAGACGGGAAACUUCGUCGCCUCUGAACCAGACGGCCUCAAGUCCAACUGCCCUGCCACAGGCAUCCACUACAUACCCAAGAAACCCCGCGAACCCUCCCGAACAACAGGCACUCCCUCUCAACCAACAAGCACCGGGAUUCCGUUCCAGGGACGCGGCAACCUGAUAGUGUCAUCGAUGGGUGGACGAAGAGGCUGUAUCAUCAGCCGCGGGAAGUGGUUCGCCUCUGGCACAUGCGCAACCUUCAAAGCGAAGAAGGUUACAGAUGACACGUUCACCCUGCAAUCUAGCAAGGGAAUCUGCGCAUUCGAGGGAGAUGCUUUUAGCUGUGGCCCUCACGUCACUGCUCCAGAGGAGUUUUCCGUCCAGGAUGGCAAGCUCUCCUAUCGCGGAAAUACGACCUUUUUCGCAGACAAGGCACCAAAAGGCCGCACGCAGAGCACCAUCUUUGCUUCUCAGGAUGAACAUCCGAUCCACCUUGCUAUUACAUGGAAGGAGCGUCGCUGA